AUGUCUAUCGAACAAACGAAAGAGUCAAUUUCCAAAGCAACAAAUGUUGCUAAGGAUCCCAAUAAUGACAAUGAUCUUGAAAAUAUCAUCAAAUCUGAAUUCAUUAUAAUUUCUUCGAAUGAAAAUUUCGAAGCUGAAAACAAUAAUAAUGAUGAAGUGGUAAUAACAUCGAAUGAUAUAAUAUCAACAGUUUCACCGGUUACAAACAAGAAAAUUAGUAGUGAAAAAAAAUCAACAAACAUAAAACAAAAUAAUGAUAUAAAUACACAGAUAUUGACUACGAAUAUAAUUAAUACUCAUCAAGAUGAACUAUCAAGUAUUGCUAUUCAUGAAAAAAAAAUAUCUUCAAAACAUCAAAUUAAAAAGAAAGUUGGUCCUAGUGCUAAAAUGUUAAGUCGUAUAAGAGAAAUGCAAGAUGCUCAAAGGAAAGCUGAAGAACAAGCGAAAGAAGAACAACGUUUACAAGAAGAAGAAGAACUUAAACGAUUAGAACAAGAAAAAUUACGUUUAGAAGAAGAACAUCGAGAAAAAAUGAAACAACAUGAAGGUCUAAAUCUAACAAGAAAACAACGACAUAAACGCCGACAUACACAAAUUCAGAUGGGAGCAGCUGGUGUUCAAAUAUCGGAACAUCAUGUUUCUCAAUCAACAACAUCUAACAAUGAUAAAUCAAUUAAAAAGGGGAUACUCUAUGAUGAUCGACGAAAAAUAAAUAAAACAUCAUCAAAUAUUUCAAUACAAUCCGUUGCAGUAUCAAUUGAAUCAGAGAACAAUGUGUUAACUGAAGAAAAUAACAAUUCAACAGAUGGCUGGGAAUUAAAUUUUGAUGAAGCAAAUAUGAAUGGAGAAAUACUUCAAAGUCUGACAACAAUAGAAGAUAAUAAUAAUGAUCAUCUAAUCCAAGUUAAUACACAUUUAAUAACAAAUCAAGAAAGUUCAGAAACUGAAUCAAUCGACAACGAAGAAGACGAAAAUGAUCAAUCAUUAUCAUCUAUAGAACGUGUACGUCGUCGUCUUGAACGAUAUCAUGAAUUAUGUGAAAGUCAUCGUUCAACUAAAAUACUUCGAGCACCUAUUAUCUGUGUUUUGGGUCAUGUUGAUGCUGGAAAAACAACAAUUUUAGAUAAUCUACGUCAAACACAUGUUCAAGAUAAUGAAGCUGGUGGUAUAACACAACAAAUUGGUGCAACUAAUGUUCCAUUAGAAACUAUUUAUAAACGAACUGAAAUGUGUCGAAAAAUGAUAACACGAAAAGAUGAUUUUAUUAUUCCAGGUCUUUUAAUUAUUGACACACCUGGACAUGAAAUAUUUAAAAAUUUACGAUCACUGGGUUCAUCUUUUUGUGAUUUGGCUAUUCUUGUUGUUGAUAUAAUGCAUGGAUUAGCACCACAAACAAUUGAAUCAAUUGAACUAUUAACUAAAAGACAAAUACCAUUUAUUAUUGCUCUUAAUAAGAUUGAUCUAUUAUAUGACUGGAAAAGUAAUAAUAAAGAAAAUAUUGAACUUGUUCUACAAGAACAAAGUCAAAUAACAAAAAAUCAUUUUGAAAAACGUUACAAUGAUAUUAUUUGUCAAUUUGCUCAACAAAAUCUAAAUGUUGCUUUGUACUAUAAAAAUCCAGAUCCAAAUGAAUUUUAUUCAAUAGUACCAACAUCAGCACGUUCCGGUGAUGGAAUGGGUUCAUUAAUUGCAUUGAUUAUUGAAAAAUGUCAAACAACAUUAACUAAACGUUUAACAUAUACUGAUGAAUUACAAGCAACUGUUAUGGAAGUAAAAUCAAAUUAUGGUUAUGGUACAACAAUUGAUAUUGUUCUUAUUAAUGGACAUUUAUCUGUUGGUGAUAAGAUAAUUAUUGCUGGUCAAGAAGGUCCUAUUGUUACUCAAAUUCGAAGACUUCUUAUACCUGAAUCUAAUCAAGAAUUACGUGUUACAAAUCAAUAUCAAACUCAUGAAAAAGUAAAAGGUGCAUGUGGUAUUAGAAUUCUUGCUACAGAUUUAGAAAAAUCCAUGGUUGGUUUACCAUUAUUUGUUGCAAGACAAACAGAUGAAAUUGAUUAUUUUAAAAAUGAAAUUGAAACAAUAUUAAAAACAAUACUCAAUUCAAUGCAAUUAAAAGAAAAAGGUGUUUAUGUUCAAGCAUCAACAUUAGGUUCAUUAGAAGGUUUUCUUCAACUUUUAAAAACAUCUCAUAUUCCAUAUGCUGGAAUUAAUAUUGGACCUGUAUAUCGAAAAGAUGUUAUUCGAGCAUCAACUCAACUUGAAAAAGAUGUACAAUUCGCUACUAUUUUGGCAUUUGAUGUAAAAAUUGAAAAAGAUGCUCAAGAAUAUGCAAAUACUAUUGGUGUAAAAAUAUUUCGACAUGAUGAAAUUUAUCGUUUAUGUGAUAUGUUUAUUUCCUAUCAAGAACAAAUUAAAAAAACUAAUCAAGAAAAACAUCAACAUCUUGCUAUAUUUCCAUGUAAAUUAAAAAUUUUACCACAAUAUGUAUUUAAUACACGUGAUCCAAUUGUUUGUGGUGUAUUAGUUGAAGAUGGAUUUAUUAAAUUAGGUACACCAAUAUGUGUUCCAUCUAAAGAUUGUAUGGAUCUUGGUCGAGUUGUUAGUAUUGAAAUGAAUCAUAAAUCAUUAGAUGUAGCACGAAAAGGUUCUGAAGUAUGUAUUAAAAUUGCAUCAAAAACAAGUGAAACACCAAAAACGUAUGGUCGACAUUUUGAUAAAGAUGAUAUUUUAAUGAGUAAAAUAUCUCGUGAAUCAAUUGAUGUUCUUAAAGCUUAUUUUCGUGACGAUAUGCAAAAGAAAGACUGGGAAUUAAUAAUCGAAUUAAAAAAGAUAUUUAAUAUUAUUUAA